AUGGCGUCUAUUGACAAGUUCAGUCUUGCUUCUUCAAAGCUGUAUAAACCAACAAAAUUGCAGCGGAAAGCUGUCAAAUCAUUCCUUUCCAAAAGCGAUACGUUUGUGUGUCUCCCAACAGGGUAUGGGAAGUCAUACAUAUACCAGCUCAGUCUUCUAACGGCAAAACAAAUGUCAACAAACAAAAGUGAAUGCGAAUCAAGUCCGGUCAUCGUUGUUGUGUGCCCCUUAAACUCUUUGAUUGCCGAUCAAAUACGUUCCUGCGAAGCCCUCGGCCUGUCUGCUGUGAAAUUGGAGAGCAGUCUAGAAGAUACUGACAAAACUGACAUCGUCUUUGUUAGUCCUGAAAAGCUUGAUGAACUCGAAACAAAGAAAUGGCUGUCAAAUCUGGGGAACAGAUUGGUUGGUGUCUUCGUAGACGAAUCACAUUGUGUAGUCAACUGGGGAAGUAGCGAGGAAGGCAAGCCAUUCAGGGAAGCUUAUGGCAGGAUUGGGAACCUGCGAGGCUUUACAAAGGCCCCAAUUCUAUGCCUCACCGCAACAGCAGGGGCAAAGAUGCGAAGAAAGAUAAUUAAAAGUUUGAUGAUGAAGAAAGUCAACAUAAUACAUAUCAGCCCUGAAAAAGAAAACAUAAAUAUAGCAAUAAAAUCUGUUAAGAAACAAGACCUAGAAGAGACAUUGUCUUGGCUUGUUGAAGAAUUGAAGCAGCUAAAGAACACUACUCUAAAAACAAUUGUUUACUGUGGGUCCCUGAAGGUUUGUGGUGAAUUAUACUCUAUUUUUGAUGAACAUAUAGAGUCUGAUACUGCUGAUCAAAUAUUUGAGAAGUAUCAUAGUAAAACUCCAUGCGAAAUUCAAGAGAAAGUGUUGGAGUCCUUCACUACUGCUGAUGGGAAGACAAGAAUAGUUUUUGCCAGAAGUGCUUUAGGAAUGGGUGUGGACAUUCCAAACAUUGAAAGAGUGAUACAUUUUGGAAUCGCAAAGGAAAUGGGAGAUUACGUCCAAGAAAUUGGACGAUGUGGAAGAGACGGGGGAAGUGUGUGGCCGUAUAUUACAAGUCAUACCAUCUGGCUCAUUGCGAAACAGCAAUGA